AAAAAAAAAACCCAAAUUUGGGGGUUUCUCUCCUCCUCCUUCUCCAAGCCAACGACUUUCUCAAUCUGUGAUUUAGAAUGGUGCGGGGGAAGCUGAUCUUGAUUUGCCAGUCUGGUGGUAAAUUUGUGACAAAAGAUGAUGGAUCCUUGUCAUAUGCUGGAGGAGAGGCACAUGCCUUGGAUAUCAGUCCUGAGACAGUAUUUGAUGAUCUCAAAUACAAAUUAGCUGAAACAUGUAACUUGGAUUAUAAAUCUUUGUCCAUCAAGUAUUUUCUCCCCAGAAAUAGGAGAACUCUUAUUACCUUGUCUAAUGACAAAGACCUAAAAAGGAUGUAUGAUUUUCAUGGGGACUCAGUGACUGCAGAUGUUUUCCUUACAGGGAGAGAAGGCUUUGAUCCUGUAGCUUUUGACAUGCAUGCUAACAGGCAAAGUGGCAUAAAACUAGCCGAAUCUGUGACUGCCACUGUCGUUUCUCGAGCUGCUGCCACUAAUCCUUCUAGUUCCAAAGUAGCUCCCUCUGCUAUUGGCCUGAAGGAUGUUCCCGUUGCUAUAGCAACCACUUUUGACUCUGUAAUAGCUUUCAACGCAACAAUCCGAAGCCCAACCAGAGCAGCAAUUGCCUCAAAACGCUCUGCUGUCCGUAGCAUUGGUGAUGGUCUUUUUGAGGUUAGCAUUGCUGAUGCAACUGCCCAUAGCACAGAUACAAUUGAUAUGAGUGCUUCUCCUGCUGAUACUGUAAAGAAACGGAGGCGUACUGCAUCCUGGAAAAGUGGUGCAAAUGGUCUUACUAUUGUGACUGUUGCUGACAAUCUUGAGGAGAUGCGAAAUACUACAUCCCAGAAAAAGAAUGCCAGGAAUCGCAAGCCCACUGCAUUAGCUGAUAACACAGAGCAACUUAUUGAACCCUGGAUAGAUAAUGCUGAUUUUGACUUUGCACCCCGUGACUCUAAUGAAGGUUCACCUGGGAAACUGGUUGCCUCAUGGAAAAAUGGCAUUACUGGUGAAGGCCAGGAUUUUAAAAGUGUGGCAGAAUUUCGUGAUGCUUUACAGAAAUAUGCCAUUGCACAUCGCUUUGCAUAUAAAUUAAGAAAGAAUGAUACUAACCGUGCUAGUGGCGUAUGUGCAGCAGAAGGUUGUCCUUGGAGGAUUCACGCAUCUUGGGUCCCAUCUGCCUGUGUGUUUAGGAUUAAAAAAUUACAUAGAUCACAUACAUGUGGUGGGGAAUCUUGGAAGACUGCUACUCCGGCAAAAAAUUGGUUGGUGAAUAUUAUAAAGGAUAGGUUAAGAGAUAGCCCACGUCACAAACCAAAAGAAAUUGCCAAUUGCAUUCUUCGUGAUUUUGGGCUUGAGCUGAACUAUACACAAGUAUGGCGUGGAAUUGAAUAUGCUCGGCAGCAACUUCAGGGUUCAUACAAAGAGGCGUAUGGUCAGUUGCCUUGGUACUGUGAUAAGAUAGAAGAGGCUAAUCCUGGUAGCAUAUUGAAGCUUCUCAUUGGAGAUGAUAGAAAAUUUCAGCAUCUUUUUCUAUCCUUUCAUGCUACAAUUUGUGGUUUCCAAAAUGGUUGUCGUCCGCUUCUGUUCCUUGAGGCCAUCCCUUUGAAAUCAAAAUUCCAUGAAAUUUUGCUCACAGCCACUGCACUAGAUGGUGAUGAUGGGAUUUUCCCUGUUGCAUUUGCUCUAGUAGAUAUUGAGAAUGAUGACAGUUGGCAUUGGUUUUUGGAGCAGUUGAAAUCUGCGGUGUCAACUUCUCGUUCUAUAACCUUUGUCUCUGAUAGAGAUAAGGGAUUAACGAAGCAUGUGCUGGAAAUAUUUGAGAAUGCUCACCAUGGUUACUCGAUAUACUACUUGAUGGACAGCUUCAUACAAAACUUGAAGGGUCCAUUCCAUGGAGAAGGGAGGGCUUCAUUGCCUGGAAGUUUCUUAGCUGCAGCCAAAGCAGUCCGACUUGAUGGGUUUAGGAUGUAUACUGAGCAAAUUAAACGGGUUUCUUUAAAUGCUUAUGAUUGGAUCAUGCAGAAUGAGCCUGAAUACUGGGCAAAUGCAUUUUUCAAGGGUGAGCACUUUAAUCACAUAACACUUGACAUUGCAGAGUCAUAUGCUAAGUGGAUAGAGGAAGCACGAGAACUUCCCAUCAUACCAAAGGUAGAAUUACUAAGAUGUAAAAUAAUGGAGUUAAUGAAUGGUCGUCGAAUGGAAUCAGGUAAGUGGUCCACAAAACUUACUCCAUCUAAGCAGGAGAAGGUACAGGAAGAAUGUGCAAAAGCAUGUGGCCUCAAAGUAUUAUUCUCAUCUGAGACCCUAUUUGAAGUUCAUGAUAAUUCCAUUAACGUUGUGGAUAUUGAUAAACGACACUGCAGUUGUGCGAUGUGGGAAUCAUUUGGGCUUCCUUGCCGUCAUGCUAUUGCCGUCUUUAACUGCACAAGAAGGAGCGUAUAUGAUUACUGUUCAAAAUACUUUACAGCUGAUAGCUUCCGAUCAGCAUACUCUGAAAGCAUAAACCCUGCUUCGACCAUUGUUCAGCCCAGUGGAAAUGAAAAGGAUCCCUUAGAAAAUGACAAGCAGAUGCAGAUUAUGCCUCCAUGCAUCUCACGGCCAUUAGGCCAACAGAAGAAAUUAAGAAGAACCAAAAGCCAGGGAAUUAUCAGAAGAUCAGUCUGUUGCACUAGGUGUAAGGGAGUCGGGCAUAAUAAGGCUACAUGCAAGGAAACCUUAUAG